AUUUGUUAUUGGCCUGUGACUUGCCAGUGUCUCCCCUUCUUCACCAGAGUGUGUCCUGUCCUCCUCUUCUCAUAGAGUCUGAAGCACACAUUCCGCCAUCAUGUCUGAGAAAAAAAUGACCUCGAGCCGUAAACAUCAUCUGAAGAGCUUGAUGCUCCAGAUUGCGGCUACUAUGAUUGAGACGGAGAAAAAGGAGUCUAAGCAGGAGAAAGACAAUUUCAUGGCUGAGAUCCCCGCCCUGGAUUUGUCUGGAGAUCAAGCGGCGCUGGUGGAAAUGCUCAAAAAGUUGGCCCAGACCGUCGACAAGGUAGAUGAGGACAGAUAUGAUGCAGAAGCAAAAGUAAAGAAGACAGAAAAAGAGAUUGAGGACUUGAAGAUGAAAGUGAUUGAGGUCCAGGGCAUAAAGAAACCAGCUCUGAAGAAAGUGCGUUUGUCUGCUGAUGCUAUGCUUGCAGCUCUGCUGGGCACCAAGCACAAGGCUUCCAUGGACUUUAGAUCCAACUUGAAAGAAGUGAAGAAGGAGGUCAAAGAGGAGGAGGAAGUUGGUGACUGGCGUAAGAACGUUGAUGAACAGGCUGGCAUGGAUGGCAGGAAGAAGAAGUUUGAGACCGCAUAAAUGACUGAAUUAGUUCUGGUGUUCAAAACUGGCUACUGAGUGAUUAAUGUAUCUUUUUCAUUAUUUUGUGGUACUGUUAGAGAGUCUAGCAUCUGAUAAGCACUUAUACUAACUGUAAACUGUCAUUGAAUUGUAGCAUAUUUUCCAAAUGUAUAGGCUUAUCGGAAAUUUAUUCAACUGCCAAACUGCGGUAAUUAAAUAAAUGUUGGCAACAUGGAGAAAUGGUAUACAUUCGGUGGUCCUGUGUUGUGUUCAAUUUUGUUACCCCUUUCAAAUUAGGUCCCUCAAUGCUUUUGGAUGUAAGGUGUUCUGAAGUACGGUUGCAAAAAAGUUGACUUUCCGAAAGAUCUUAUUCCCUUCUGAUUUCGGGAAUCUUCCAACCAGGAUUUCUGGAAAACCUGGACAUUAUGGGAACGUUACAUGAAUUUUGUAACCCUAUUCUGGAGAAACCUAGAUCAGCUUGGGUCAAGGCUUUCUUAAUACUGUAAAAACAAAUCUGAGUUAUAAACCACAAGAUGUCAGUAUAGUAGAACAUUCUUUCUCUUUCUGAUGACCCUUCCUCUUUCUUUCUUUCACUCUACCCCUCUCUCUCCUCUUUCUCUGACUCUGAUUCCUCUUUGACCAACAAACAGGUAUGUCGUCUUUGACAAACAUUCAUCAAACGUCCCCCCCAUAACCUUUCAAUUUGAAACUAUGGCAAUGGAAAAAGGGAGGCAGUUAGUGAGUUUUGAACAAACGAGGGCAAUCUGCACCAAAUUCAGUUAUUACGUGUUAUUUAUUAUUUUGUUUAACUAUAUUUGUCAUGUGUGGGCCUGUUUAAGCGCUCAACUUAUUAGCAAUGUGGCCUAAUAUAUAAUCCAUAGUUGCUGUGCUUUUAGGUUUGAAGGAAAUAUGAUGGAAUUGAGGUUGAUUGUGUUUUGUCUUUAAGACAAUAAAUCAAUUUCUGAUUUCAAUACAAUUUCAAUUUCUGAGUACUUCAUUGUUUCGAUAAAAGUACAACUUUUGAAAAUAUAUUAAGAUUGUAAAGUACUUUGUUUUCUGGAAUUGAUAGUAUGAUUCACUUGUUUAAUUAUAUUACUAUGAUGCACUUGUUUAAUUAGACUCCAACUUCAAUUCAUUGAGAUUUGAUUACACAUUUAAACAUCCAAAAGGAACUGAAAGUCAAUGUUUUCCAAUACUUAAAUGUGUUAUCCAUGUUGCCCGUGAAUGUCUUAGACAUAGAAUAACUUCACUCAUAUCUAUAAUUACUUUCCCUAUCUCUCCCAUACUGAACUGUAAUUAUAUACUCACUGCCCAGAGGAACAUACAUGUAUGUAUUGGAAGACAUAUUGAAGGAAAUAAUAUUUAUGAGGUGAACAGGGUUGGGCAGAGUGUAUUUCAGGAGCUCGAUGUUCCAUUGGUCUGACAUGGAAACCACUUCCAUAAAGAGGACCCAGUGCUUCUGCUGAUGUAUCACCCAACACCAUAUAUACCGUAUUUCCUGUUUCACUGCCUGUUGCUUGCCAGUGUGCUAGUCUUCCCUUCUUCCUCCAGGUGUGUCCUGCCCUCCUCCUCUUCCUUUCAUAGGGUGUGAAGCACAACAACAGCCAAUAUGUCGGA